AUGUGGUCCGGCAAGAAGGGUUCGGAAGGCAGUGGCGCUGGCACACCAACAGCGGAAGAAGAAAUCAAAGUGGUGCUCGUCGGAGACACGCAGUGCGGCAAGACCUCACUCGUGCAGCGAUUUGUGUCCGACACGUUUAUAGAGGCUUACACUCCGACGGGGUUCGAAAAAUAUGGAUACACAUGUACGGUAGCUGAUUACAGGGUCAGUUUUUCUGUUUGGGACACUUCAGGUACAACAGCAUAUGACACUGUAAGACCACUCGCCUAUCAAGACGCUAAGAUUUUCAUGUUGUGUUUCAAUAUAGCAGAGCCUGAGUCCUUACACAAUGCUUCAGCAAAGUGGUACCGAGAGGUGCGUACACACGGUGGUGCAGUACCAGUGCUGUUAUGCGGUUGCAAAGCUGACCUAAGGCAUGACAAAGAGACCCUUACCAUGCUGUCUAAGCUUAAAACACACCCAGUCACAAGUGAAGAGGCUUUAGCAGUGGCGAGACAGCUGGGAGCGACAACAUAUGUAGAAACAUCAGCACGUGCAUCAAGUAAAGGAGUGAAGGAUGCUUUUGAAGUUGCAGCAUUAGCGGCCCUUGGCAAACUAAACAAGCAACAGUCAAAACAGCAGAAACAAGUGGGACGAAGCAAAAGCAAACGCGACCUGAAGGCCGAGCUUAAAGGUCGUGCGAAGAGUUGCUGCGUCAUGUGA